CGAAUAAGUUUGCAUUAUAUGAAGUUCACGAAAAAUCGAUAAAUCAGUCGCCAAAGUGGGCGCCGGUUCUGUCUUUUCGAAUCGUGUGUUUCUAGUGGACCUUCGAGCGGUUUUAACCGGAUUUAUUUAUAUUCUUAAAUAAAGCGUGCGAUUGUUUUCCUACUAAAGCUUCUUCAUCUCAACGUGUUUUUUUCUGAUUAAGCCGGUAGUUGACAAUUUCCGUAUAGAAACUGUUAGAUUUUAUUUAAAUUUUACAAAAUUGGUAAAUACGCAGUUAUGUUUCUCAAAGGAAACAUAGCGGUUGCUUGACCCAGGCUUAUCAGCUGGCUUUGCUGGCUACUUUGAAAUUGCUGCUACAGUAGUACUGUUAACAGUCUUAUGAUGCAUAAGACUCCAUCCAUUGAAGAAAUGGCUGUUAAAGAGAAACAGAGUGAGCCGAAGCCGGCAAAUGUUUUUGUGUUUGACGAUACUGUUUAUAGGGAGAAAAUGUUUGACAACUUAAACAAGCUGAGGAAAAACAAACAAUUUUGUGAUGUCACAUUGCAGGUUGGCACCACUCAAGACGUUAAGGAAGUUUAUGCUCACCGAGCAGUGCUCGCAAGUGCAAGUCCAUACCUAUUCGACUUGUUCACAGCUGAAAGCAAGGGACCCAGAAAUCAGUACAAAUUAAAUGGAAACAUAGAAAUGGAGGCAUUUGAAAUUUUAGUUGAUUAUGCUUAUUUGGGAAGGCUUGAAGUUCCUUCAAAAUUAGUAAAAGCCACCUAUGUUGCUGCUACCAAACUGCGUAUGAGCUCAGCUGCGAAACAAUGUGGUAAAUACCUUGUUGAGAAUAUGACACCCGACAAUUGCAUCAAUCUUAGAGCUCUACCAGGAAUUGCAACCAACCCUGAAGUUCUUGCAAAAGUGGAUGCUUUCAUUCGUCAAAAUAUAAGUGAAGUAGUUAAAUCUAAAGAGCUCCUUGCAUUACCAACAAUACCAGUGGAAUUAUUGCAGAAUAGUCACGAGGAAAAGAAUGCCACCAAUAUAAAGCAUUUGUGCGACAUGGUUCUUGAUUGGGUUAAAUCUCAGGCUGAUAAUCAGAUAACCAUUGAUGAUUUGACACAAAAGGUUCAUAUGCUCUAUCUGAACCCUGACCGUACUCUUCAUGAUUGCAGUGAUAUUGAAAAUGGAGACGUUCAAGAUUCUGAAGUUAUUCAAGAUUACAAAAAGCUCUCCAGAAAAGUAUCAGUACCAAAAUCUGGAAAUCCAAGAUCAAAGCGAUCCAAUCAGACACCUGCUAAACCUCGCCAAUUUUUAUUCACCAAAUCUGAUUCCAGCUCAUCUGAUGAAGAGGAUAAUGAUUGGAAAGUUAUUGUAAUUACUGCAAAUGGAGAAAACAGUAUGCUGGGUGUUGUUGCUGCAUAUGGAAAAUUGACAGUGCUAUCAAUUGUGCAAAGGGUUCACACUCCGAACAACAGCCCACUUUCUUCAAGAAAUGCUUCAGUGGAAAAGAUUAGCACCUAUUCAACUGUCCCUCCUAUGAGCUCUGCCAGGUGUUCUGUGGGCACUGCUGAAUUUGAUGGGAAACUUCUAGUUUGUGGUGGUUACGACCGAGGAGAAUGCCUCAAGACUGUUGAAUCAUAUGAUUUUUCUACAAACAAGUGGACCACCAUGCAACCAAUGAAAGUCCCACGUGGAAGAUUCAAUGCAGCUAAAGUAAACAACAAAAUUUAUGCUGUUGGUGGUUGUGAUGGUCAAAAAGAACUCAGCUCAGCAGAGUAUUGGGAUCCAGAUACAAAUUCCUGGAAACAACUCCCAAAUCUUCCUGCAGUCAGAUCUCAUGCAGGAGUAUGCAGCAUGGACAAAAAACUUUAUGUUGUUGGAGGCUGGAAUGGUCAGCGCGGAUUAAAGAGGUGUGAUAUUUUUGACACUGAAACAGAUACUUGGGUGACUAUGGCUCCAUUGUCAACAGGUCGCUAUCAAGCUGGUGUUGGAGCAAUGAAUGGAUAUGUUUAUGCUGUUGGAGGUUGUGAUUCUUGGAAUUGCUUAAACUCUGUGGAAAGAUAUGAUCCUGUGUCAGAUAGUUGGCUCACUGUGGCCCCCCUUCAUACUGCUAGACGAGGAUGUGGGCUUGCUGUGUACAAAGGGAAAUUGUAUGCUGCUGGUGGACAUGAUGGAAUUCAUUCUUUGUGUACAGUUGAAAUUUAUGACCCUGAAACAGAUACUUGGAAUCCAGGACCAUCUCUCACAUCUUGUAGGGCCAAUGUUGGUGUUAGUGUUGUGGAUAAUAGACUGUUUGCUGUUGGAGGUUUUAACGGAAAGACUUUCCUCAACACUGUUGAAUACUUGGAUGUCGAAAAUAAUGAAUGGACUACUUUUGUGCCCAAAGAGCACCACAAUGGCUGUUCUUCAAAGAACGGUUUAACGGACUGUGAUUCCAGUACCACAAAUGGUACCACCAAUGGCGAGUUGCAUGAAGAACAAGCUGUCCACUGAUGUCCAGCUUACAAAGAAUGACUUUUUUUGUGCACUUAACCAUACUAUAACGUUCCAAAAAAAGAAAAAGAACUGUUACAAUCUCUUUGAGAUACUUGUUAUUGUCAGUAAAAUGUUGUUCAUCUUUCACUCUAUGUUAAAUAUUGCAAGUGUAUAUUUUUAUUUUUUUUUUUGUCCCUGUUUGUUUUGUACUAGGUCUAAAUUUCUUAGACUAAGCCCGUUUUCUUCCCUAUCUUAAGUAACUCUACUUGUCAUUCCAUUAAUAUAGCAGUAGUAUCUGCAAGUGUAUAUUGUUUCUGAAAGAGUACUCAAGUAAAAUAGAUCGACACAGAACAUUUUUAAUUUAGUUGAAACUCUUAGUGGAAAAACAUGUUAAGAAAAUUCAUUUUUGAAUGCAUAGUAACAUCAGGAAGUUGCUGCUUGCAGCUAAUCAUAACGUCUCUGAAAAUAGAAUGUUUGGAAUAAACCACUAAACAUGCUGUGCAACUAAGUACUUUAUUAUAAUUGAAAACCUUAGUUAAGGUGCAUUUUAGUGGAUUUAGAAAAACCAGCUUUUGAAUGUAUUAUAUCAAGGUCCAUCGAAAAUAGCCUUCAUUAAAGAUUUGGCAGAAUUAAAUGCUUACUGUCAUCCAUAACAUGUCUGAAAUUAAAAUGUUUUCAGUAUGUCUCUGAACAUGUUCUUCCACUGAGUCUUUUAAAAUGACUGGAAAUCUUAAUGGAAGAAUCUGUUACAGCACAUUUUAGCAAAGUUAAGAAAAUAAGCUUUUGUUGUAUAAUAUCAAAGUUGUUUACAAUCGACUAUAAACUGUCUUAUUGAAAUAUUCAGCAGACUGAAUGUUCUAUACUGACAGCAAACAAAAUAUUUUCAAUAUGCCACUUAACAUGUUCUUCCACUAAGCUCUUUAAUUGAUUUUAAACUUGAUUUACGAUUUAAAUAUGUAUCUUUUGUCUCAAUCACUGUUGAGUAGUGUAUAAUAAAUUUUUUUUUUUAUAAUAUCAGCUCUCAUAACCUCAUUGAUGAAUUUUUAAUAAAGAAAAAUCAGGAACUAAGCAAAAAUGAAACCUCCCAUUAUACAAGAAUUAUAAAAACGCAAGAUAGUGUCUUUCACUGUUUUUUAUAUUCUUUGAUACAGUCAAAUAUUUGCUUGACUUGUUUUUUAUAAUCUGAUUUAUUACUGAAAUUUAAUCCACUUAUGCCACUGUUUGAAAUGAAAGUUUUUACAUAUUGCUCGAAAUUUUCAUUUAGUUUUGACAAAAAUAAAAAUGAAUUUAAAAUUUG